CCCGCCCCGUCCCGCCCCGCCGCUUCCGGUUCCCGCGGGGCGGCGAUGGCGGCGCGGCUGCUGCUGGUGGCGCUGGGCGCGGCGCUGGGUCCCUGCGCCGCGGCCGGGAAGAUGAAGAUCGUGGAGGAGCCGAACACCUUCGGGCUGAACAACCCGUUCCUGCCGCAAGCGAGCCGCCUGCAGCCCAAGGCGCCCCCGUCCGCCGUGUCAGGCCCUGCACAUCUCUUUAGGCUUGCUGGCAAGUGUUUCAGUUUUGUGGAAUCCACGUACAAGUAUGAGUUUUGUCCUUUCCACAAUGUUACUCAGCAUGAGCAGACUUUUCGAUGGAAUGCCUAUAGUGGGAUAUUAGGAAUCUGGCAUGAAUGGGAGAUUGAAAACAACACAUUUGUUGGAAUGUGGAUGAGGGAAGGAGACUCAUGUGAGACUAAGAGCAGACAGACAAAGGUUCAUCUUGUUUGUGGGAAGAGCAAUAAAUUGGCUUAUGUGUCUGAGCCAAGUACUUGUGUUUACUCUCUGACAUUUGAGACUCCUCUCGUGUGCCACCCUCACUCUCUUUUAGUUUAUCCAACUCUCACUGAAGCAUUACAAAGGAAGUGGGAUGAAGCAGAGCAGCUUCUGUACGAUGAACUAAUAACUGAACAGGGAUACAAUAAAGUACUGAAAGAGAUUUUCGAGGAAGCAGGACUUCUAAAAGCAUCAGAAGAAAAGGAAGUUGAGAAACAAAAUAAGAAGAGUCUGGAAUUCGAAACUGUGGAGAAGUGCAGUAAGAAAUACAAGCAACUUUCUGAAGAAAUAAAAAAACUUAAAGAUUUAUUAAGUCAACAUGGUAUUGCCUACAAAGGAGAUUCUGCCGGAAACAGCAGCGUUGAACGCGUCGGUGGCAAAGCGGCGGCCACAGCCGUUCCCAGCCGGCCGGAGGAGGCCGAGCAUCCUCGCGGCGACGCGGGGCUGCGGGACGGCGCCGCCUGACGAGACUCUACGGGGGA